AGACAAUUAAAAGUGCAUAACAAAUUAUUGGAGAUAUCAUGUCACGGUAUACCUUGGCUUGCAGUAUCUCUUAUUUCAAUUUGGGUUUUUAAUGCCAAAUCCUUGUAUCAAAUGCAAAUGAAUCUUCUAAUAGGAUUAUUGCUCGAUAUCAUUGUGAUUGCUGUGCUCAAAGCAGUUACGAGAAGAAGACGACCAACCACUAAUGACGAUCCAUUUUCUUUGGGUCCUGAUAAAUAUUCCUUUCCAUCAGGACAUUCAUCUCGUUCUGCAUUUGUUGUAUAUUUCUUCUUCAAUCUGUGGCCUAUAUCGUUGAUAUAUUCACCACCUUUGUUAGCGUGGUCCUUUUCUGUAUGCAUGUCCAGACUACUGAUGAGAAGACACUACAUAUUAGAUGUGGUUGGUGGUAUACUUCUCGGUAUCUUUGAGGGCCUACUUAUAGGUUAUAUUUAUUUAGAACAAGAGACAUGUAUGUAUUUAAUUUCAUGGAUUGCGGAUGAUAAAAUACCUGGGUCUGAAUAG